AUGUGAUGGGAGGUGUUGCGGAAGUGAUUUUUCAACUGCAUGAGAGCGACCAAAAAAUAAAAUAUCAUGGAACAAAACAACGAUGGUGGUAACCUGUCUCAGGUCCAGCAUGUGGUGUUAGUGCUGUCGGGUAAAGGGGGUGUGGGCAAGAGUACCCUUACCACAGAACUGGCACUGGCUCUAAGACACGUUGGCAAAAAGGUGGGAAUCCUAGACGUUGACCUGUGUGGGCCCAGUAUUCCACGCAUGCUGAAUGUGGGCAGGCCAGAGGUGCACCAGUGUGACUCGGGGUGGGUGCCCGUCUACACUGAUGCCCAGAAGAGCCUUGCGCUCAUGUCCAUAGGCUUCCUAUUGGAGGAUCCGGACGAGGCUGUGAUCUGGAGGGGCCCCAAGAAGACAGCUCUGAUUGGCCAGUUUGUAUCUGAUGUGGCGUGGGGUGAAUUGGACAUUCUCCUGGUGGACACGCCCCCUGGGACGUCCGACGAACACCUGGCGGUUCUGGAGAACUUGAAGAAACACAAAGUGGAUGGAGCCAUUCUGGUCACCACACCUCAGGCUGUCUCCAUGGGGGAUGUGAGGAGAGAGAUCACCUUCUGUAAGAAGACAGGCCUGCGGAUCCUGGGCAUAGUGGAGAACAUGAGUGGAUUUGUGUGUCCGCAUUGUUCAGAAUGCAGCAACAUCUUUUCCAAAGGUGGAGGAGAAGAGCUGGCAAAACUGACUGAAUCAGUAUAUCUAGGUUCUGUACCCCUGGAUCCUCUUUUAAGCAGAAGUAUAGAGGAAGGCAAGGACUUCAUCCAAGCCUUCCCUGACAGUGCCACCUUCAGUGCAAUCAACAGCAUAGCACAGACCCUCUUGUCCAGCCUUCAGAAAGCUUGAGCAUGUUCUGGACAUGAACAGGUUGAACUGCCAGGACAUUUUCUAGGCGACCAGCUGUUGUUUUUCUUCAUACUUCUUUGUUGAGUAAUUCUGAAUUCAACACACUUUUGCUAACAAACCUAAAAUGCUGACUUGUACCACGCAUGAACAGACAGCUAAAUGUAUCUGAAUGUAGACAAAGCCAAUUUCAAACAAUUCGGUUUGACAUAUUUUAACCUGACGAUUAUACUGUGUAGUUCCCAACAGCUGGCUAUCUAAAAAUAUGGCAUUAUUCAAAGCUCAUAUUCAUAAUGAGGCCUCCUUGCUAUAUAUUAUUCCACUCACUCUAGAUAAGAGUCUAGAUUGUAGAGAUUGAUGUAGAUUGCAGACAAGGUGUUGGCCAAUGUGUGAAGGUGUGAAGAAUGAAGGAGUUUUCUCAUACAGGAAGCUUUGCUGUUUGUGAUACAAUACUCUUAAAUAAUUAUUUUUGAAUUGAAAAAGAGAUUUCUGAGGUAUGUAUAAUGAUUCCCCUCUGUGGGCUGUAAUUAUUUGUACAGUACAAUGUGUAAUAAACAUUUUGUAAGUGGCCAACCUUUGAUUUGCUUGUGUUUAG